AUGCUAUUUUAUUUACGCUCAAGAAGAUAUAUUUCACUGGGUGAACAUAUUAGAAGAAUGGGUAGACGAAACAGAAAUGUUAAUAAAUUCGCACAACGCAAAAGAGAACGGAAAGAACAGGAAAAAAAUCCUCAAGAGAAACCGGCUGACACGCGAAAGCAUUAUGAAGAUAUUGUGCGUGAAAAUGCAGUCUUCGAAGAGUAUUAUAAGGCGCAGAAAGUUUGUCCUGAUGAUGAAUGGGAUGACUUCAUGAAAGCUAUCAAGAAAGAUCUCCCAACAGCAUUCAGGAUAACUGGUUCCAAAUGUGAAACAGAUGCCUUACUCAAUAUAGUGAAAAGUCAAUAUUUCUCAGAUAUAUUGAAUCAUAAACUUAAGUUGGAUGAUGAGAAAGAAGAAGAGGAAAUCAAACCGGUUAACUUGCCAUGGUAUCCCGGAGGUCUAGUGUGGCAGCUACCAGUGUCUCGGACACAUAUCCGUCGGAAUGAACCACUUUACCGUCUUCAUAACUUUUUAGUCGCUGAAACAGAAGCAGGCGGUGUUUCACGACAAGAGGCUGUAUCUAUGAUACCACCUGUUGUGUUACAAGUCCAACCACAUCAUAAGGUAUUAGAUAUGUGUGCUGCACCAGGCUCUAAGACUGCACAACUGAUUGAGUUCUUACAUUCUGAAGAAGACAAAAUGCCUACAGGUUUCGUGAUGGCCAAUGAUGUAGACAACAGUCGUUGUUACAUGUUGGUGCAUCAAGCCAAGAGGUUGAAUUCACCAUGCAUCAUCAUCACCAAUCAUGACUCAGCAGUACUGCCAUCACUCGUUGUGAGUGAUGUAGAGAACCCUGGUGCGACGAAGCCUCUCAAGUUCGACCGUGUUCUGUGUGAUGUUCCAUGUUCAGGAGACGCCACAUUGAGGAAGAACCCUGAUAUAUGGACGAAAUGGUCGACCGGGAAUGGAAAUAACUUACACGGUAUUCAGUACAGAAUCCUUCGUCGUGGUGUGGAGUUAUUGGCUGUGGGUGGAAGACUAGUUUAUUCUACGUGUUCCUUCAAUCCCGUGGAGAAUGAGGCCGUAGUACACAGACUUCUGCAGGAGACGGGAACAAGUGUGACCCUCGUGGAUGUACAGGAUCUACUGCCCGGGUUGAAGUUCCAUAAAGGCAUGACCCACUGGCGACCGGCGUCUAAAGACAUGGUGUUCUACAACAGUUAUGAUGAAGUACCAGAGAAGUGGCAGACGGUCGUCAGGCCGCAGAUGUUCCCUCCUAACACUGAGGACUUGGACAAAUAUAAUCUGGAUAGAUGUAUAAGAAUUCUGCCUCACCAUCAAGACACUGGAGGGUUUUUCGUGGCAGUGUUUGAAAAAACCGCUCUCCUACCGUGGGAGAAGGACCCAAGUAAGAAACCGGAUGUGGCUACCGAUGAACCGGCAGAAGAACCGGAAAAGAAGGAACCACCAAAGAAGAGAAGAAGAAUGGGUGGUUAUAGAGAAGAUCCUUUUGUAUUCUUCUCUGGUGAAAAUGAAGAUGUAUUCCCUUCUAUCAAGGAAUUCUACGAUCUUGAUACAAAAUUCGACCCUACUUGUCUAUUGACAAGAUGCCAUGUUGGGAAAAAGAAGAAUAUAUAUCUGGUGUCACCCAUGGUGAAAGAAGUUGUACAGAGAAAUGAGAAUAGUAUUAAGAUUAUAAACACAGGCGUUAAAACGUUUGUUAGAUGUGAUAAUAAGAAUAUGAAGUGCCCAUUUAGGAAGCAAAUCCCGGAGUGUUUCGGGAAAGCAAUGUUUGUCCUCAUUCCCAAAAAAGAUCGAGUUACCGAUCCGAAAGAUACUAGACCGAUAGCCUUAACAAAUACAAUAUCUAAAAUCUUUUUCUCGGUCCUACAAACGAGAAUGACGCGAUUCAUGCUCAGCAAUAAGUAUUUUAGGCCAAAUCACCAGAAAGGGUUUCUACCCGGGAUUUCUGGAUGCCUAGAACACAACACCUUGCUGUCGGAGAGUUUGAAAGAUGCUAGGAAAAGCGAGCGGCAAAUUACAGUUUGUUGGAUAGACUUAGAGAACGCGUUCGGGUCGAUACAACACGAGUUGAUGCUAUUCGCGCUUAGAUGGUAUAACUUUCCACCCUUAGUUAGCGAUAUGAUUGCGUCGUAUUACUCAAAAUUAAAGUUUUCUAUUAUAACUAAAGAAGGCCCUUCAAAAAGUUUGAGUUACAAUGUAGGACUAUUCCAAGGGUGCUGUUUAUCGCCAAUAGUAUUUAAUAUUGUAAUCAAUAUCCUAGUAGAUAAACUUAUCAGCAAUGAGAAAAAAUGGGGGUAUCGGUUUAAGUUCAAUAACAAAUACACGGAAUCCAUUUUAGCCUUCGCUGACGAUCUCGCAAUACUGACACGUCACCCCAAACACUGUCAAGUACUAUUGGAUGAAGUGGCUAAAUUCUGUGAGUGGACGGAUGGAUUGAGGACAAAACCAAGUAAAUGUCACUGUCUGUGUCUUGGUAGGCGGAAUACAAGAUACACCUCAUACGAUCCGGGACUAUCGAUAGGCGGUCAAUGCGUUUCUACGGUUACGGAAAAUGCACCAUUCAAGUUUCUCGGUCGUAAGAUUGAUAAUAUAGGACGUACUCCAUCUUUAGAAGGAAUAGUAGAUAGCUUUUUAAAUGAUCUCAACAAGGUAGAUAGCCAGCAGAUCAGUAACGUAAAAAAAGCAUGGAUCUACGAUAAUUACUUAACUUCACGUUUGAAUUGGCCUUUCCUCGUCUAUGAUUUUAGUAAAACCCUUUUAUCUAAAUUAGAUGCAGGCGUCAUAAAGAUGUUGAAGUUGUGGCUCGGGCUCGCGCUAACGGCUGAUUCAUCGGCUUUAUUCAGGGAUCGUAAUAGUUUUGGGAUGAAUCUAAAAAGACCAUCGGAGCUCUACAAACACCUAAGAGUUUCCAAGAGACAUAUCCUGGGAAAAUCCCAUGAUGACGUCGUUACAUCACUCCCAAAAGACAAUGAUGCCCCAGAGCUAGAGUCACGACUUCUAUUCCAUAAACAAUUUAUGAUCGGAGCGCAAAAUAACAGAGUAGGGUUAGGAUCAAGUAGGAAAGUCCAAGAUACGGAUAUAUUGAAGUCUUUUAUUCGGCAAGACGAGAACGAUAAAUACAAGAUCCAUGCAAUGAGUUUAGAAAUGCAGAACGAGUGGUUAGACAUAGGAGAUUUUUGCAUUCCACUAGCACUAAAAUGGCGCACCCUAAUUCAUGACUGGUCGCCAGCCUUGCUAAAAUUUUAUCUCAAUGCGUUCCAGAUGACUCUCCCAGAUCAGAGUAAUUUAGUAAGAUGGGGUAAAGGUACCGAAAAAACUUGCUAUAUCUGCGGAAAGAAAGUUGGAACUGCCAAGCAUAUGCUGGUGGGAUGUAAGGUUCUCCUGGACAGCGGUCAAUACUCGCGUCGUCACGAUAGGGUUUUAGAGAUCAUACGUGAAGCGGUUAGUCUUUCGGUAGCCAGAGCGCAAAGGGAAAUAACCACAAACGAGCGAUCAAUAGGUUUUGUGAGAGAGGGCACCAGGGCUAUAAAAUCAAACGUCAAGCCUUACUCUAUCCUUAAAGCGGCUUCGGAUUGGACUAUCAUGAUGGAUACGUAUGAGAAACAAUACAAAAUCCCCGAGGAUAUUUGUGCAUCGGCCUCCAGACCAGACAUAUUUCUGUAUUCGCGUAUUUUAAAGCGCGUUGUGAUGAUAGAGCUUACGGUGCCUUGGGAAACCAACAUCCCCAAAGACCAUGCCAUCAAGGUCAAUAAGUAUUACGAGCUCACUAACGAACUAACUCGAAAUAGGUUCGUCGUUGAUUUGUACGCGGUAGAGGUGGGAGCGAGAGGUAUAACAGCUAAAUCUCUCUAUAACCUACUAAAAGACUUGGGCCUGUCCAGAACUAACAUUAAUUCAUUCUUGGAACGUACGUCGAAGGCAGCCCUAGUAGGUUCUUUUCAAAUUUGGUUAGGUAGGGAGAGGAGCUUGGACAGUGGAGGUGAGCGUAUAACGCGCGUUAGUUAA